AAUGUGGAGCAUUGGAGCAGUCAUCAUAAAAGUUUGUUUACUCAGACGUUAUCCAAAUGUGAAUGCGUUUGCAUGAAAACAUAUGAUUCCCAGAUCCCAGUUGAAGAGAAAAUGGUAAAACAGAGCAUCCAGAUCUUUGCCCGCGUAAAACCCACAAAGAAACCGGCCUCGGUAUACUGUGUGGACAAUGGGGAGCCGGCGGGUUCCAUACUGGAGUUCCUGGUACCCAAGGACCUGGCUGACGGCUUCAUAAACAACAAGAAGGAGACCUACAAGUUCAGGUUCCAAGAGGUGUUUGAUCAAACAGUCAAGCAAGAGGAUAUAUUUGAAGCCAUCGCCAAGCCAGUGGCAGACAGUGUAUUGUCGGGAUACAAUGGUACCAUCUUUGCCUAUGGCCAGACUGGUAGCGGGAAGACCUUCACCAUCACAGGAGGCGCUGAGCGCUACAGUGACCGGGGCAUCAUCCCUCGCACGCUCUCUUACCUUUACCAGCACUUCAGCCAGGACAGCAGUAUGGUGUACACCACCCACAUCUCUUACCUGGAGAUCUACAACGAGGUUGGCUAUGACCUGCUGGACCCCCGGCACGAGGCCUCUCGCCUGGAGGACCUACCGAAAGUUAACAUCAUGGAAGACCCGGACCAGAACAUACACCUGAGAAACCUGUCACUCCAUCAAUCAGCCAAUGAGGAGGAGGCUCUCAACUUGCUCUUCCUGGGAGACACCAAUCGCAUGAUUGCAGAGACCCCUAUGAACCAGGCAUCCACGCGUUCUCACUGCAUCUUCACCAUGCACGUGUGUGGCCGUGAGCCCGGCUCGGUCACCGUGCGGCGUUCCAAGCUACAUCUGGUAGACCUGGCGGGCUCGGAGCGGGUGGGCAAGACAGGCGUGUGUGGGCAGCUGCUCACAGAGGCCAAGUACAUCAACCUGUCACUGCACUAUCUGGAGCAGGUCAUCAUUGCUCUCUCAGAGAAGAACCGCUUGCACAUUCCCUACCGAAAUUCCAUGAUGACGUCGGUGCUGCGGGACAGCCUGGGAGGGAACUGCAUGACCACCAUGAUCGCCACUGUGUCUGUGGACAAGAGAAAUGUUGAUGAAUCCAUCUCCACAUGUCGCUUUGCCCAGCGGGUUGCUCUGAUCAGGAACGAGGCUCUGCUGAAUGAAGAGAUGGACCCUGCCCUGCUAAUUGUGAGUCUGAAGAGGGAGAUCCAGUGCCUGAAGGAAGAGCUCUCUAUGGUGACCGGGGAGAAAAGAGAGGACCAGCUAACUCAAGAGGAGAUUCAUAAGAUGGAGGAGCUGGUCAAGGUCUUUCUGGAAGACCCUGAUUGUGAGGUCACACUGGCAUUGGGACCUGACAUGAGAAAAAUCCAUUACUGUUUCUCUCUGCUAAAGGUCUACAGUCGUGCCCAAAAGUUUUGA